AUGUCACUGCUGAGCCUGUCCUGGCUGGGCCUCUGGCCCCAGGGAGCCUCCCUGUGGCGCCUCCUACUGCUGAUUGGGGGCUCCUGGCUCCUGGCUCGCAUCCUGGCCUGGACCUUCACCUUCUAUGACCAGUGCAACCGCCUCCGCUGCUUCCCCCAGCCUCCAGUGCGGAGCUGGCUCCUGGGACACCUGGGCCUGAUCCAGAGCUCAGAGGAGGGUCUCCGCUACACGCAGGGCCUGGCCAGCACCUUCAGAGACGUGUGCUGCUGGUGGGUGGGGCCCUGGAACCCAGUGGUCCGCAUCUUCCAUCCCACCUUUAUCAAACCUGUUCUCUUGGCCUCAGCUGCCAUCGCACCCAAGGAUAUGGUCUUCUACAGAUUCCUGAGACCCUGGCUGGGGGACGGGCUCCUGCUGAGUAAUGGUGUCAAGUGGAACCGCCACCGUCGCCUGCUGACGCCUGCCUUCCACUUCAACAUCCUGAAGCCCUACGUGAAGAUCUUCAACGAGAGUGUGAACAUCAUGCACGGUAAGUGGAGGCUCCUGGCCUCUGAUGGCAGCGCCCGUCUGGACCUGUUUGAGCACAUCAGCCUCAUGACCCUGGACAGUCUGCAGAAAUGUGUCUUCAGCUUGGACAGCCGCUGCCAGGAGAAGCCCAGUGACUAUAUCGCUGCCAUCUUGGAGCUCAGCGCCCUCGUAGCGAAACGGCACCAUCAGCUCUUGCUGCACUGGGACUUCCUGUAUUACCUCACUCCCGAUGGGAGGCGCUUCCGCAGGGCCUGUCGCCUGGUGCACGACUUCACCUACGCCGUCAUCCAGCAACGGCGCCGUGACCUCAAAGGUCAGGGCGUCGAUACUUUUCUCCAGGCUCAAGCCAAGGCCAAGGCCAAGACUCUGGACUUCAUCGAUGUGCUUCUGUUGAGCACGGAUGAAGACGGGAAGGUGCUGUCAGAUGAGGAUAUUCGAGCAGAGGCUGAAACGUUCAUGUUUGGGGGUCAUGACACCACAGCCAGCGGCCUCUCCUGGGUCCUGUACAACCUGGCCAAGCACCCGGAAUACCAGGAGCGCUGCCGGAAGGAGGUGCAAGAGCUCCUGAAGGGCCGUGGGACCGAGGAGAUUGAAUGGGACGACCUGGCCCUGCUGCCCUUCCUGACCAUGUGCAUCAAGGAGAGUCUGCGGCUGCAUCCUCCCGUCACGGUCAUCUCUCGCUGCUGUACCCAGGACAUAGAGCUUCCAGAUGGCCGGGUCAUCCCCAAAGGUGUCAUCUGCCUCAUCAGCAUCUUUGGAACCCAUCACAACCCCUCUGUGUGGCCGGACCCUGAGGUACCCCUCCCUUCCUGGCACACUGCCCAGGGUGAGUUCGGGCCCAGGGAAGAAGUUGUCUUCAUGGCAAACCCCUAA